CUCAUGCCAACAAUAUAUAAAGCCAUACAUGCUUGCUUCUUAAACCCAAAACAAAAUCUUCAUAUCAAAAAACUGAGUUGCUCUUUGUUUCUUUUUGUGGUUUUAUCUUCCUAGCUUGCUGUUAUACCCACAGAAAUAUCUCGAGUUAUUCAGCCGGCAAAAUCACGAUGAGGAGCUUUUCAAAGAACAAAGUGUCUUUCUGUUUUCGCCCUGUUGUUGAUAUAGAUUCUUUGCUCGAAUCCAAACUUGCUGCUCGUCGCUCAGAGAGUAAACCUAAGCAGUAUCAUAAAAAACGUACGGUUUUAAAAGUCAUCAAAGCUGUGGUGUUGGAAACCAUAUUUGUCUUUCAGAACAGAAGAGCUAUUCAUAAAUAUCCUAACGGCCUUGAUUGUUUUGGUGGGUUGAAGAAUGAUUAUUCCACUUAUGAAAAAGAAAGCAAAGCAUCUCAAUCAUCUUUGCAAACUCUAUCUUCAAACAGUUCUUUUUCAAGCCCAAAAGUAAUAUUACAAUCAAAGAACAUGUCCACUGAAGGAAACCAUGAGAAAGAAAGUAGCCACGGAAGCACAUUAUUAGAGAAGCAGAAGAAGUUUGAGUUGUAUGCAAUAUGUUUGGUUGCCAUAAGCUUAGCAUUUACAGUGUUUUGGGGGAAACUAUUCGGAACUAUUUUGACAUCAAUAUGCCUCUACCUUAUCUUUCUUUUGAACUCAAACUACAGCUGCCAAAUGGUGUUUUUAAAGUGUACAAGAUACAGUGUAGUGUGCAGUUCAAACAAAGGAAUGGAUUCUCUCCAUUCAAUUUACCUUCCUGUGAAAUCAAGACCAUAGAAUAAAAUAUAAAAAAUAUAACCUUUUCACAUUUAUUUCAUUUGCUUUUCUUUUUUUAGGGACAACUUCUCUACCCAUCACAAUAAAUUGGGUAGUGUACCUCCAAUCAAUCACAUGAUUUCAUCUCAUUUAACACAUUAAAUUAUUUAUUAAAAUAUUAUAAAUAUUUGUUAUUUUCAAAGCAUUUUAUAAAAGAGAUAACCUUACCCAACUAUUUGAGUUUGGUAGAUAAGAAUUCAUCUAUUUUGUAUAUUUUUUCUCACGUUUUAUUUAACUAACCAUUUUAAUCUAGGCUUGAACUUUUCAUGUUCAUUAUGGCACGACACGAGUUAGCCUGUAUUCCCUCCAUCGUGAAUAGUCAAGGAUCCUCUUUAUUUUUUUCUCUUUAUUUUCUUCUUUAUUAUACCCUUUUUUUUUUAUAAAUGACACAUAUAUUUAAGAUAUAUGACAUAUAUCUAAUAAUUAUUCAAUUUUAUACACAUAAAAUUAUAA